UGUGUGUGUGAGAGAGAGAAAGAGCGAGAGAGAGGAGAAAGGAGAGACAGAGAGAGAGAUUACUUAAUUGCUGCUUUGGUAAUGGGAGAACACGGAGCGGUGUUUUGCGCAAUGGCUUUCCUCCUUUUUAAAAUUAGUAUAAUUUAUAGGCUACCUGCACUUUAAACUGUUCAUGCACAUGAAACACAAGUCUGUUUAUUGCAUUUCGACAUUUUCGAUGCCAAAAAUAGCCCACGACAGCAGGAAAGAUGUGGACUAUACCCAAACCCCGAUAUAAGAACUGCAACAGCUUGGACACGAGGGAUGAAGCCGAGAUAGCCGUGAAUAUUGGCGGGGUGAAGCUUGUUUUAUACGGGGAUGUACUUAACCGCUACCCGGAGAGUCGACUUGCAGAACUUAUCAACUGCUCAACUCUGAGUUAUGACAUUAUUUACUCACUUUGUGAUGACUACGACCCCGGUAAAAGGGAGUUUUAUUUUGACCGGGAUCCUGACGCUUUCAGAUGUAUCAUUGACGUGUAUUACUACGGUGAGAUUCACAUCAAACGAGGUAUCUGUCCCAUUUGUUUUAUUAAAGAGAUGGAAUUCUGGAAAAUUGACCAAAGCUAUUUGGACGAGUGCUGUAAAAGUGACUUGACUGAAAAAGAGGAAGAGCUGGCUGAGAUUGCCAACAAAGUGAAGCUUAUCUUGGAUGAUCUAGAUGUGGUCCCUUCUUUCAACCGCUCAGCGCGGUACCUAAAGUCCCUUUGGAAACUCAUGGAGAAACCGGAGUCCUCAUUGCCUGCGCGCAUUAUCGCCAUUGCAUCUUUCCUCUUCGUCCUUGUGUCAUCCUUGGUGAUGUGCGUGGGUACCAUUCCAGAAGUCCAAAUGGAGGACGACGAGGGGGACCUUGUGGAACACCCAACGCUGGAGGCCAUCGAGACAGCCUGCAUAGGCUGGUUCACCGUAGAAUAUCUGCUGCGUUUUAUGUCCUCCCCAAACAAACUGCACUUUUUCCUAUCCUUUAUGAACAUAAUAGACUUCAUGGCUAUCAUGCCCUUUUACGUGGUGCUGACCCUAACUUACCAGGGUACGGCCAUGAUGGAUCUGGCCAAGGUCCAGCAAGCGGUCCAGGCGCUUCGCAUCAUGCGUAUUGCCCGCAUCUUCAAACUGGCGCGUCACUCCUCCGGGCUACAGACUCUCACCUAUGCGCUGAAGAGGAGUUUCAAAGAGCUGGGGCUGCUCCUUAUGUACAUGGGCAUAGGGAUAUUCGUGUUCUCAGCACUGGGCUACACCCUGGAGCAAAGCCACCCAGACACCCUCUUCAGUAGCAUCCCACAGUCCUUCUGGUGGGCUAUUAUCACCAUGACGACCGUAGGCUAUGGAGACAUUUACCCCAAAACCACGCUCGGAAAGUGCAACGCAGCCAUCAGCUUCCUGUGUGGGGUGAUAGCCAUCGCGUUGCCCAUUCACCCCAUUAUCAACAACUUCGUUAUUUUUUACAACAAGCAGAGAUUGCUCGAGACUGCGGCCAAGCACGAGCUGGAGCUCAUGGAGUUGCAGUCUAGCGAGGACUCAAUGGUGAAGGCCACGCACAAGUCUAGCGCAUUGGGUGCAUUGGAGAGCUCUAUGCGCACCUCUCGUAGUGAUAAUUCUAUACCACUUAUUGAGGAAUCAACCAGGACUUUUAAGUCGAAAAAGUAUUGCUCCGAAACAGAAUCGUUUUAACUUGACAUAGACAUAGGCCUAUUGUAGAGUAACGUGUUUCAGUUCGAUGAGGUAUUUCCUCCUGUAGCUUCUACACAGUAAAUCAAGGAUAGUUGAAAUCAGUGUUAAAAUCAUUUGGUUUAAAUUGACUCUACUGGGAGUUAUUUUAACCCUCAAGAGAGUGAUAUGCUCUGUGGAGUUAGUGUUGAUAACUGGAGUUGAUUUGUACAGAGUACUUUUAACUCCCUUAAGAGAAACCAGAGACAAGGAAUUAAAUAUAUGGAGUUGUCUACGAUGUGGGAGGAGCAUCAUUGGCAUAUUUCCCAGCUUGCUCUGUUGAAGCUUGAUUUUUUACAUUGUUUGUUUCAAUAUCUGUGUUUUUGCAUGCACAUUGGUUGUUUUUGAUCUUAUGCUACACAAAGAUAAGAAACUUAGAUUUUUCUAAACUAAUCCAAUCGGUAAAUGGUUGGAUUUCUAGAAACCAGUAGUGAGAUAGUUGUUCCAGUUUACAUGGUGUAGUUGGUAGUCCUGAUGUAAUGUAUUUUCUUCCCUACUAUGACAGGUAUUCUACAAGCAAAUUGUGGGGAUGUAAAACUGUUGGAUAUCUUUCUGCAAGUUGGAUUCCAGUAGAAAUGUAAUUUCACAUUACAAACCACCAUAAUGUGAAACAUUAAGAAAUAUUCAUAUAUGUUUUUAACACCCUUAUAACGUAAAGGAAGUAAACUGAAAGAGAAAUGUACUCUGCUGGAGGUGAUUGUUAAUUCAAAACAACACUGAAAAUAGUAAAAUGUCAAUUGGUGUUAUAUUUAAGCAACUCUCUGAGAGUUGGACAUUUACUCCAUUUUGUGUUGUUUUAAAUCCCAAAAUAUCAACACCAUGAUCAGAGUAGUUUUAACAAAAUGGGGGUGGGACCAUAUAAACCCCCAAAUAGUGUUACAUUUCACUCCAUUGGAGUUGAAUUAACUCUUGUGAUUUUACCAUGUACAUGUGGGUCUAGUGACUCUAGUCAGUCUACAGCAAACCUCAAGAAUGGAGUUUUUCGGGGAGAAUUGUAAUUGUAUUUAUUCAAUUAGCAUCGAAUAAAGCGUUUGCAUGAGAAACAUUGAAAUGGACCUGAGUAUCCAAAUCUGGAGACAUAGGCGUACUAAUGUGGAGCUUAACCAAGGCGUACUAAUGUGGAGCUUAACCACCCCAUUCCCAUUUCUUCUGAGGAAAGUUAAUUUGAAAUACAGUGCUCACUCCUAUGUCUUUGAUGUUUGUACAGGGGGAUGCCUGUAAUUAUUAUACCGGUGCACAGACCUUUUAUGCACAGAUAGCCCAAUGGGUAUUUUUUUAAUCCUCAAUGCAACUUAAACAUUUUAUGCAUUGGCUUGUCUUCUGGACCUGCAGGGGAAAGAAUGGCAUUUCGUUUUUUUAUCUGAGGUACAUAAAAUAUUAGCCUCGUAAUUACCAGACUGAUUAACAUUCAUAUAAGCUUGCAAGAUCAGGCAGCUUGCGAGGCUAAUGAAUACAUAGUGAACAAAAAUAUAAAUGCAACGUGCAACAAUUUCAAAGAUUUUACUGAGUUACAGUUCAUAUAAGGAAAUCAGUCAAUUGAAAUAGAUUCAUUAGGCCCUAAUCUAUGGAUUUCACAUGAAUGAGAAUACAGAUAUGCAUAUGUUGGUCAGAGAUACCCCCCAAAAAAGGUAGGGGAGUGGAAAAGAAAACCAGUUAGUUUCUGGUGGGACCACCAUUUGCCUCAUGCAGCACGACACAUGUCCUUCGCACAAAGUUGAUCAGGCUGUUGAUUGUGGCCUGUGGAAUGUUGUCCCAUUCCUCUUCAAAGUCUGUGCGAAGUUCCUGGAUAUUGGCGGGAACUGGAACACGCUGUUGUAUACGUUCAUCGCCCACAUGACGCCAUACACAUGGUCUGCAGUUGUGAGGCCGGUUGUAAGUACUGCCAAAUUCUCUAAAACAACAUUGGAGGUGCCAUAUUACCAUUAGUCAUUACCAUUGGUCGUCUACAAGACCCUGCUAGGUAAAGUCCCCCCUUAUCUCAGCUCGCUGGUCACCAUAGCAGCACCCAUCUGUAGCACGCGCUCCAGCAGGUAUAUCUCUCUGGUCACCCCCAAAACCAAUUCCUCCUUUGGCCGCCUCUCCUUCCAGUUCUCUGCUGCCAAUGACUGGAACAAACUACAAAAAUCUCUGAAACUGGAAACACUUAUCUCCCUCACUAGCUUUAAGCGCCAGCUGUCAGAGCAGCUCACAGAUUACUGCACCUGUACAUAGCCCAUCUAUAAUUUAGCCCAAACAACUACCUCUUCCCCGACUGUAUUUAUUUAUUUUGCUCCUUUGCACCCCAUUAUUUCAAUUUCUACUUUGCACAUUCUUCCACUGCAAAUCUACCAUUCCAGUGUUUUACUUGCUAUAUUGUAUUUACAUCGCCACCAUGGCCUUUUUUGCCUUUACCUCCCUUAUCUCACCUCAUUUGCUCACAUUGUAUAUAGACUUAUUUUUCUACUGAAUUACUGACUGUAUGUUUGUUUUACUCCAUGUGUAACUGUGUUGUUGUAUGUGUCGAACUGCGUUGCUUUAUCUUGGCCAGGUCGCAAUUGUAAAUGAGAACUUGUUCUCAACUUGCCUACCUGGUUAAAUAAAGGUGAAAUAAAUAAAAUAAAAAAUUAUAAAUGAACAUUCAAUUGUCUGGCAACAGCUCUGGUGGACAUUCCUGCAGGCAGCAUGCCAAUUGAACAGUCCCUUAAAACUUAAGACAUCUGUGGCAUUGUGUUGUGUGGCAAAACUGCACAUUUUAGAGUGGCCUUUUAUUGUCCCCAGCACAAGGUACACCUGUGUAAUGAUCAUGCUGUUUAAUCAGCUUCUUGAUAUGUCACACUUGUCAGGUGGAUGGAUUAUCUUGGCAAAGGAGAAAUGCUCACUAACAGGGAUGUAAACAAAUUUGUGCACAAAAUCUGAGAGAAGUAAGCUUUUUGUGCGUAUGGAACAUUUCUGGGAUCUUUUAUUUCAUGAGACAUGGGACCAACACUUUACAUGUUGCAUUUAUGUUUUUGUUCAGUGUGUUUACCAAGGACACAACGACCCUUCAACGACAUCUAAGCGCCACUGAAUUGACAUGUGAAUAAAACUAUACAUUUGGUUUUAUAGGCCAAUAAUAACAAUCAUUAUAGUCUCAAUUACCCAACUUUUAAUCACAAAAUCAUGACAUUGAUGUUUAUAUAACUGUUCUCUCUGAUUUUCUGUCAUGCAAGCUCCAUAUACUGCCGCCUCCUCCUCAGCGCAUCUGUUAGUGUCUGUCUGACUCUAACUGAAGCUCACUAAUAAAUGCCUCUACACAUUCCCUUUCACAACACACUUUCCUAACCCCUGUUCCCAUUUCUGUAAACAAAAUGGCUGUACAGUGCCUUCAAAAAGUAUUCACACCCCUUGACUUUUUCAACAUUUUGUUGUUUCAACCUAAAUUAAUUUGUAUUACAUUGAGAUGUUGUGUCACUGGCCUAAACACAAUACCUCAUAAUGUCAAAGAGGGGUUGUGUUUUCGAAAUGUCUUGAGUCCAUAAGUAUUCAACCUCUUUGUUAUGGCAAGCCUAAAUAAGUUCAGGGGCUUGCUUAACAAGCCACACAAUAAGUUGCAUGGACUCACUCUGUGUGCAAUAAUAAUACCUAAUAUGAUUUUUGAGUGACUACCUCAUUUCUGUGCCCCACAGAUACAAUUAUCUGUAAGGUCCCUCAGUCGAGCAGUGAAUUUCAAACACAGAUUCAACCACGAAGACCUGGAAGGUUGUCCAAUGCCUGGCAAAAAAGGGCACCUAUUGGUAGAUGGGUAAAAAAAAAUAAAA